AGAGAAACAGAAGGAGAGGGACAGAGUGUGAGGGACAGAGGGUGAGGCAUAGAGGAACAGAGGUUAAUGGACGCUGAGAGAGGGUGAGGGAUAGUGAGAACUGGAGGUUGCUGGCUGACGUGUUCUCUCUUGUCGAUGCCUAGGGACGAGGGGCAGUGUGUGGAGGGAAUCCUGGAGAUCUUUGACAUGUUACUGGCCACGACCUCGAGGUUCCGGGAGCUGCAGCUGCAGCACGAGGAGUAUCUGUGCCUGAAAGCCAUGGUCCUGCUCAACUCCAGUAUGUUCCCUCGGUCGGGGGUCUCGGAAGAGCGAGAGAACAGAGGGAAGUUGCACAAAAUCCUGGACAGCAUCACAGACACUCUGAUCUGGUGCAUGAACAAGAGCGGAGUGCCGUCCCAGCAACAGGCCACCCGCCUCGCCCACCUGCUCAUGUUACUGUCCCACGUCAGACAUGCCAGUAACAAGGGGAUGGAGCAUUUGUACAGUAUGAAGUGUAAGAAUGUGGUGCCUUUCUAUGACCUGCUGCUGGAGAUGUUGGACGCUCACGUCAUCUACAGUCACCGCAAACCUCACCCUGGAGAGAGCGAGAACAGCGACACGAAAACCAGCCAACUCUGAGCUCAGCCAAAGAGAGCGAGAGAGAGCUGCCAGCAGGGGACACAACCCACCAGCACAGCCCCCAUCCCCACCAACACACAACCCCCACCCACACACAGCCAUCAUCCCCUCACCCUGUCCUCACUGCCUCCACACCGCCCCUCCCAGGCUGUGUUGCUCCCUCGUUGCUGGACGAUGCUCAUAGAGACUCUGUCUGUCUGGAUGUUUUCCCUUAAACUGUGUUUGCCUCCCCACACACACCCCCACCCACCCC